ACUUCACUCAAAAUGUCUAAGCAGCAGCCAGCCCAGUUUAUAAAUGCAGAAACUCCCGGCUCUGUUGGAUUUGCAAAUCUUCCAAACCGAGUUCACCGAAAAUCAGUGAAAAAGGGAUUUGAGUUCACACUGAUGGUUGUUGGAGAGUCAGGACUAGGAAAGUCGACACUAAUCAAUAGCCUGUUCCUGACUGACCUCUACCCAGAGAGGGUCAUCCCUGGGGCUGCAGAAAAGAUUGAGAGGACUGUCCAAAUUGAGGCCUCCACUGUGGAGAUUGAAGAAUGGGGUGUCAAGCUGCGACUGACGGUGGUGGACACACCUGGUUACGGGGACGCCAUCAACUGCCGAGACUGCUUUAAGACCAUCAUCUCCUACAUCGAUGAGCAGUUUGAGCGCUACCUGCAUGACGAGAGUGGCCUGAACCGGCGGCACAUCAUCGACAACAGGGUUCACUGCUGCUUCUACUUCAUCUCUCCCUUUGGACACGGACUGAAGCCCCUGGACUUUUAUGGCACCGUGGUCUGCGAAGGUACUUUAUAUUAUUUCUGUAUUUUUGUGCAGCAGGCCGACCGCAGCAGCAGGCUAGCCGUUUAA